AUGCUCAGAUCAAAAUCCUAUACCAAAAUAAAAGACAAUAGAAUCAGUGAAAGGCUAGCUAAGGUGAAGCAAGAAGUGGAGAAUCUUCAUUGUGCAAAAGACGGAACCCCACCAACACCUGCCUUAUACCACAUCGUCAAAACCAACAAGGUCUUGACCGAGUACCAGGUCUACCCUAAAGGAGAUGCUUCCAUUGGGAUAACUUUACCAACAAGUUUAAUCAAGAAUCUGAGCCAAGAGAGUAAAACUCAUCUCUACAAGCUCUGUCAAGAAUCCAACCUCCACUGUAGCCUGACUAUGCUUCUCGACUACGGUGAGGAGGAACAAAGUGUCUAUGUUGACUCUAAAAACUCAAUAUUUGGAGGCAGUAGGAUCUACCACUCCCCUGAUUUUGUCAAGGAACCUGAACACACUAAGAAAUUAUACGAUUUUGAAUAUGAGAAAAAGAAUGACCACAUGAACUCCUCAACUUCCAAUAAUUUCUUGUUCAAGACGAAGAACUUGCGUACAAAGGAUGAGGAGAAUAAGAGAAACCCUAUAUAUUACAGUAAAGUCAAGGGAUUUAAGGAUAAUAUUCGCUGUCCGGUUAUUCCAAGAGCACUUGAGGAAAUUUCAAACCUCUCUACGUACACAGGUGUAUUCUCAAUAGACUUUGUCCCAGCUGAGGACUUUGAAUGUGCUCAGGCGAGUAUAUACCGCUCUCUUCCUAAUGAUUACUACCAGGUAGGCACAAGGCAGUGGUAUGACUCUGCGUUAAAAGAGGCUUAUGAUGAGUACAAAAUGUUUAUUUAUACUCCUACGUCUUAUCAAAUUCCUAAAGUUAUCACAGUUGAAGAGCCCAAGAGAUUUGACACCAUGAUGAACUCCACUCAUAGAUCCAUUAUGAACUUGACUUACCAAAAAUCAACACCAAAUCUGCUUAAAAAUGGGCCGAAACAAGGCGACAUGAGCAUGAAGAAUCUUCAAGGAACUCAGGAUUAUUUCUUACAAGAGUUGAAUCCUCAAGAGAAGAUCAUUAUUGAACCUACUAAGAGAACCUCUGAAGAGGCUUCUCAGAAGAAUCUGAAUGAUUUCACAAGCACUGAUUUAAUCUAUGACCAAAUAUUAAUCCAUAAAUCUCAGAAGAAGCAUAAAGAAGAGGAUAUGAGCAAGAAGAUAGAGGAGAUGCUCCCUAAUGGUAGCCCUGAGUUUAGAGAAUUUAUAUAUAACUUGUUGAUCUCAGAGAAAACUGAGCUCGAAAAUCUUGUAAUUCCAAAUAAUCUAGACAUUUUUAAUGAAGACAAUAAUUCUAAUGAAAAGUCUUUAGAUAAAGACUUUGUAGAUAAAUUAUCAGGCAUUUUAAAUAAGAAAUACAAUGAAGAAGAAAUUUUGACUCUGUUAAAACAACUUUUCACAAUUUCUAGACAGGACCAAAGAAGAGCCUCAAUGCCUACGGUUUCUCCAAUUGAGUCUUCUCGAAGUGACCAGUCUCAGGAAGACGCAUCCAAACUAUCUGAGCCCCCAAUCAACUUUGAAAAGCGAAAAAAGAGUACUCCUAAGAGCAAAGUUCAUCGGUACUUAGGUACUUCCCAGCAGGAGAUAAUCGUGGAACAAAAAGAAGAAGACAGCUCUAACAACGGAGAAAUAGAUGCAGAUAUUUCAAUGGUGACCAACAAGCUUGACCCUAGCUAUGAAAAGAAGAUUGCUCCUGAGUUCAAGCCUACAAUUAUUGACAUCAUGAAGCCAGAAGAUGGAGCUGUUAGCUACAAAGAAGCCAGAAGACGACCCAUGGUCUACUCUUCAUAUGCUCCUUCUGAAGGAAACAUAAAUUAUGAGUCCCUCAUGGGAGCAGACGAAGUCUUGCAAGUCAAUUUCAAGAAAUUUACAGAGGAUAAACAGGUAGAAGAGCUCAAGAAGAGAUAUGAACUUAAGCAUCAUAAGUUUGUGAAGCAGUGGGUGAGUAAGAUGCGAAGAGAUCUCCUUCCGAUCACUCAUGGGACAGCUGUUCAUCAGCCUAGCAAGGAAGACAGCAAGAUUUUUAAGAAAAAGAUUAGUAGAAUCCAUUCUACUAAUAAUAAGUACUCUAUUAGGACUAUUAAAGAUGAUAUCACCUUGACUAGACCAUCAAGAGAGACUAAUCUCAGGAGAUCAAGGAAUGGGUCGAAUAUGGCUAAGAGAGCAUAUACACUCAUGGAUACUGGUAAAAUGCUGAUUUCUCAGGACAAGCCUCGCUCGAUUAUCCGAACUCCUAUGAAAUCGAAUGAGAAUAGUGCUCAGAUUAGAGAAAGCACACCAUCAGCUUGGUCCCAAAAAGGAAGAGAAGGGGUUAUCUCUCCAAAAUCUACUAGUACAUUUAAGGAGGUCAGGUUUGGAAAAGAGCCUGAUUUUAUUAACAAAUAUCAGCCUAAAGGUGCAUACUACAAAAGAAAUCCAGGCUCAUUGUCCUCUAGAUCUAAGCCAUUGAAUAAAAUCAAACCUAAAAAGCAAAAGGCAACCAAGCCCAAAAUUCCGAAGAAAUACAUGAAAUACCUUGAUAAGCUUGGUGGCCAAGAGUUCAGACAAGAUAGAAGAGAUACUCAACCUAAGAUAUGGGAUCCUCCGUUGAUCACAGCUCUUUCUGAGCUACCUGUGAAGCCAGAUAAGAAGUUCUACGAGAAACAUAUUGUUGAGAAGAACAGAUCCAGAUUCCCUAAGAUCACUUCUAGAAGUUCCAGGUCCAAACCCCAAAAGUCCGCAUCUUCUUGCAAGGAUCUGUUCUAAUAGCUCGUCAAAUUAAGAAGCACUGUUGUGUAGCUGAA